AUGGAGAUGGCCCUACGGUCGCAGAGCCCUCUCUGCCUCCGGAGCGGGCCGGUGCUCAUUGUCCGGCCAACAGUCGCGGGCGGAGGGGCCACUCAGUCUUUGUUGAGGACUACCAGAUUUGUGAGAAGAAGGAUCAUUCAAUGCGUUGUAGCAAGUCCAGGUUGUCCUAAUAGGAAAUCAAGGAUGUCUCCUAACGUAAAAGUAGCUGCUUUUAGCAACUAUGCUCCAAGACUCCUUGUUGAGUCAAGCUCCAAGAAGAGUGAACACCAUGAUGGCGGACACCAUGAAGAAACUAUUGAUACAUACAAUGGGCUGUCAGGUUCUGAUGCAGCAGAGUUGACAAGUAAUAGAGAUGCAGAAAUUGCAGCGGAUUUGCAGCACAUGUAUGAGGGGGAAUUGCCAGGAAAUGUAUUGAUUAAUACAUCAUUAGGGGAAAUGGAAACAGUGGAUGAAGCUGAGGUUGAGGAGGAUAAGUUUGAGGUAGAUUUCUCAGGAAUUGUAUUGCGCAAUGCUGAAGUUUGGGAAGUGGAUCCAGAGGAUGAACAUAAGGCUAAAGAAGACGUAUUUGUGGUAGAUUCGUUAGGAACUGCACCAGAUAAUGCUGCAGUGGAAGAAGUGGUAGAUGAAGUUGAGGUUGAAGAGGAUAUGGUUGAUGUGGAUAUCUUGGGACUUGCCUUGAAUGGUGUAACAAUGGAGGAAAUGGAUUUGAUAGAUGAAGAAGAGGCUUUACAGGAGAACUUUGAUGUCGAUUCACCAGGCAAUGCUUCAAGUGGUGGAACAUAUGGGGGUGCGGAUGAGUUGGGUGAACAGCCUUCAACAUCCAUGGAUGGCAUCGCCCUUAAUGAAACACGUAGAAAUUUGAAGCCUGAGCCCUUGCCAAUUGUCAGGUACCAGGAACAAGAAAAAAUAGUUUUAAGCAUUGUUGAGGAAGAAGGGUUAAUUGUUGGUUCAUGUGAAGAAGGCCAACUGGUGGUAGAUUACCAUAAGCAAGAGGAAAACUCUACCGCUUUUGAUGAACAGAAGCAAUUGACUGACGGAUUCCCUGAACAAGGUAUAUAUAUUGUUCAGUUCCCUGAGCGAAACAAUGAUAUUGUUGGUUCCCCAAAAUUCUUGGAGCAAAAACAAGAAUUUGUUGGUUCCUAUAAACAAGAUCGAUCAAUCAUUGGAUUGCAUGAACAAGACCAGUCCAUUGUUGGUUCACAUGGACAAGAUAAAUCAAUUGUUGGUGUGCCUCAGCAAAUCCAGUACACUGAUCAAUCUAUUGCUGGUUCUCAUAGACAAGAUGAAUCAAUUGUCGGUGCACCUGAGCAAAUCCAAUCCGUUGCUGGCUAUAUAAAACCAAAUCAGUCUAUUGUUGGUUCUUAUAGACAACAUGAAUCGAUUAUUGUUGCGCCUGAGAAAGUCCAAUCCAUCAUCAGUUACAGUGAAAUAGAUCAAUCUAUUGUUGGUUCUCACAAACAAGGCAGAUCUGUUGUUAGUGUGCCUGAGCAAACCCAAUCCAUUGUUAGUUACAACAAACCAAAUCAAUCUACUGUUGAUUCUUAUAGACAAGCUGAAUCAAUUAUUGGCGUGCCUGAGAAAGUCCAAUCCAUCAUCAGUUACGAUAAACUAGAUCAAUCUAUCGUUGGUUCUCUUAAACAAGAUGAGUCUAUUGUUAGUGUGCCUGAGAAAAUCCAAUCCAUUGUCGGUUACACUAAACCAAAUCAGUCUAUUGUUGGCUUGCCCAAACAGCAACAAUCAAUUGUUCAUAUCGAUGAACGAAAACAAUCCAUAGCUGGUUUCCCUAAACAAGAUCUAUCAAUCGUUGGUAUCUCUAAGGAGUCUCAAACAAAGCAACUGGCUACUGUUGGGAUUCAUGAUGGAUUGCUUAUGAAGGGAGUGGAAGCUAAGGAGACAUCUCAAAAGAUUGAAGGGGAUACACUUCAGGCAAAGUUCGAUGCUGACAACUUGUCACAGAAACAUAAGGAAGUCUUCACUAAAGAAGCAGAUGAGAGAAUAAUUUUUGAGAAAAUUAAUGAUGAAGAUCUUGUGAUGAUUGAAGAGCAGAAAAGCAUAGGCAUGGUUGAAGAACAGAUGAUUGUUACUGAGGAAGACAUUCCAAUGGCUAAGGUUGAGAUAGGGAUUGACAAGGCCAAAUUUUUACAUCUGCUUUCUGAAGAAGAGAGUUCAUGGGAUGAAAAUGAAGUGGGGAUAAUUGAGGAUGAAGAACAGUAUGAAGUCGAAGAAACAUCUAUGUCCACUGAACAAGAUAUCCAGGAGUCAUCUGAAGAUAAUGUGGAUCCACAAGCACUACAGAGGAUGCUUCAAGAGCUUGCUGAAAAAAAUUGUUCGCUGGGAAACAAGUUGUUUGCUUAUCCAGAGGUAUUGAAAGCUGAUUCAACAAUUGAUCUCUAUUUCAAUCGUGAUCUAUCAGCUGUGGCCAAUGAGCCUGACGUACUCAUCAAAGGAGCAUUCAAUGGGUGGAAGUGGAGGUUUUUCACUGAAAAAUUGCAUAAGAGUGAGCUGGGAGGGGGCUGGUGGUGCUGCAAACUAUACAUUCCCAAGCAGGCAUACAGAAUGGACUUUGUGUUCUUUAAUGGACGCACGUUAUAUGAAAAUAAUGACAAUAAUGAUUUUGUGAUACAAAUACAAAGCACCAUGGAUGAAAAUUUAUUUGAGGAUUUCUUGGCUGAAGAAAAGCAACGAGAACUUGAGAAGCUUGCGAAUGAGGAAGCUGAAAGAAGGAAACAGACCGACGAGCAGUGGCAAAGGGAGGAAGAAAGGGCUGCAGCUAAAGCUGACAGGGCACAAGCCAAGGUUGAGGUAGAAACGAAGAAGAAUAAAUUGCACAAUGUAUUGGGUUUAGCCAGAGCUUCUGUUGAUAAUUUGUGGUACAUUGAGCCCAUCACGUCUAGACAAGGGGCUACUGUCAGAUUGUAUUAUAAUAUAAACUCAAGACCUCUAGUUCACAAUACUGAGAUAUGGAUGCAUGGUGGCUGUAACAAUUGGAUUGAUGGACUCUCUUUUGCUGAAAGACUUGUUCAUCAUAGCGACAAAGAUUGUGAUUGGUGGUUUGCAGAUGUUGUCUUACCUGAAAGAACAUAUGUGUUGGACUGGGUUUUCGCUGACGGGCCGCCAGGGAAUGCAAGGAAUUAUGACAACAAUGGAGGACAUGAUUUUCAUGCUACCCUUCCGAAUAACAUGACUGUAGAAGAAUAUUGGAUGGAGGAAGAACAAAGGAUCUAUACAAGGCUUCAACAAGAGAGGAGGGAAAGGGAGGAGGCUAUUAAAAGGAAGGCUGAGAGAAAUGCAAAAAUGAAAGCUGAGAUGAAGGAAAAGACUAUGAUAAUGUUCCUGGUUUCUCAGAAACACAUUGUUUACACAGAACCACUUGAAAUACGUGCUGGAACUACUGUUGAUGUGCUUUAUAAUCCUUCUAAUACAGUGCUAACUGGAAAACCAGAGAGUGCUCCUUCUCCAGUUUACGUUCCGCAAGAUGCCUAUAUGAUGGACUUUGUUUUCUCGGAAUCAGAAGAAGGUGGAAUUUAUGAUAACAGGAAUGGGUUAGACUAUCAUAUUCCUGUGUUUGGUUCAAUUGCAAAAGAACCACCUAUGCACAUUGUCCACAUUGCUGUUGAGAUGGCACCAAUCGCAAAGGUUGUAGGUCUUGGUGAUGUUGUUACUAGUCUUUCACGUGCUGUGCAAGAUUUAGGACACAAUGUGGAGGUUAUUCUUCCAAAGCACGAUUGCUUGAAUCUAAGCAAUGUCAAGAAUUUACACAUCCAUCAAAGUUUUUCUUGGGGUGGUUCUGAAAUAAAAGUGUGGCGUGGACUAGUCGAAGGCCUUCGUGUUUACUUCUUGGAACCUCAAAAUGGGAUGUUUGGAGUCGGAUGUGUAUAUGGAAGGAACGAUGACCGCCGAUUUGGCUUCUUCUGUCAUUCUGCUCUAGAGUUUCUCCUCCAGAGUAGAUCUUCUCCGAACAUAAUACAUUGCCAUGAUUGGUCAAGUGCUCCUGUUGCCUGGCUAUACAAGGAAAACUAUGCACGGGUGGUAUUCACCAUCCACAAUCUUGAAUUUGGAGCGCAUUAUAUUGGCAAAGCAAUGAGAUAUUGUGAUAAAGCCACAACUGUCUCUAAUACAUAUUCAAGGGAGGUGUCAGGUCAUAGUGCCAUCGUUCCUCAUCUUGGAAAAUUCUAUGGCAUUCUCAAUGGAAUUGAUCCAGAUAUAUGGGAUCCGUACAAUGACAACUUUAUCCCGGUCCACUACACUUCUGAGAAUGUCAUUGAAGGCAAGAGGGCUGCUAAGAAGGCAUUGCAGCGGAAGUUUGGGUUACAGCAAAUCGAUGUGCCCAUCGUAGGAAUCGUCACUCGCCUGACAGCCCAAAAGGGAAUCCACCUCAUCAAGCAUGCGAUUCAUCGAACACUUGAACGGAAUGGACAGGUGGUUUUGCUUGGUUCGGCGCCAGACCCUCGAAUCCAAGCUGAUUUUGUCAACUUGGCGAAUACGCUCCACGGCGUAAACCAUGGGCAAGUGAGGCUGUCCUUGACCUACGAUGAGCCUCUUUCGCAUCUGAUAUACGCUGGUUCUGACUUCAUUCUGGUACCAUCUAUAUUUGAGCCUUGCGGCUUAAUUCAGCUCGUCGCCAUGCGGUAUGGAACCAUCCACGGACGGAGCUACGUGGGGGCCAAACUGGGUCCUGGCCCCCCCUUGCUCCGGCUGCACUCUACAGGGCUCUUCGACACUGUCUUCGAUGUGGACAAUGACAAGGAACGAGCCCGAGCUCGAGGCCUUGAGCCCAACGGGUUUAGCUUCGAGGGAGCUGAUAGUAACAGUGUUGACUAUGCCCUGAACAGGCAAGCACAGAGUCUCACAGAGCCGCCCGGUUCACUGAACCCUGCGAUUCUUACUCAUCGUGCCAUUCGCGUGUUCCAUUUUCAGGGCGAUCUCUGCUUGGUUCGACGCCCGGAGCUGGUUCCACUCCCUUUGCAAGAGAGUCAUGGAGCAGGACUGGUCAUGGAACCGGCCUGCCCUGGACUACAUCGAGCUCUAUCGUUCAGCGUCCAAAUUGUGACAGUCCAACCAACAGCCAAUAUAAUGUGUUGUCAGAUCUCAGAUGCAGUCAUUCAGGUUUUGCAGGUUCCUGGGCAUUAUUGCUGUACAGCCUCCAUGUCUUCAGUUAGCUCCAUUCUCCGAAGAGCAUAG